AUGUCAUCUACUAAACAGGAUCUUCCACAAGCUAGGGCUCCAACUUUACCAUCCAAAACAACACCUGAACAAAGAUAUUGGAGAAGUUAUAUAACUCCUCAAUUAAUUAAAGAAAAUCAUCCGAUAACCAGUAUUGAAUUCAAUCCUACAACACCUAAUGAUUUUGCUAUUGCCUCAGCAACUAAAAUUCAAGUUUUUUCAUCUAAAACCAGACAAGUAAUAAAAACUUUCUCACGAUUUAAAGAUGUAGUAUAUUCUGGUAAUUAUAGAUAUGAUGGGAAAUUAUUAGUUGCUAGUGAUGCAUCAGGAUUAGUAUCAAUAUAUGAUAGUUAUCAACCACGAAAUUUAUUAGUUAGCUUAACUCCUUCUUCCCAUCCUACUCAUGUGGCAAAAUUUCACCCCACUAUUGGGAAUCAAUUAAUCACGGGGUCAGAUGAUAGAAUGUUACGAGUUUAUGAUAUUUCUCAAACUUCUAAUGGGCCCAUUAUACAAUUUGAUAAUAUUGAUCAUGAAGAUUAUAUAAGAAGUGUUAAUUUCAUCCCGGGAGAUUCCAAUUUAAUAGUUACUGGGUGUUAUGAUGGAAAUGUAAGAAUAUUAGAUGUAAGGGAUCCUCAUCGUGUUGUUGCCAAAUUUGAUCAAGAAAACCCUGUUGAAGAUAUAUUAGCUGUAUCUUCAAAUACUUUAGUUAGUGCUGGUGGACCUUAUGUUAAAAUUUGGGAUUUAAAUAGAAUGAGUCAAAUUCAUCAAUUAAACAAUUUUAAUAAAUCAACUACAUGCUUAUCAAAUACUCAUACCAAUGGAUUAAUGGUAGGGUCAUUAGAUUCUACCAUUAAAGUAUUUGAUUAUACUUCAACUAAUUGGCAAGUUCAAUUUGGUUGGAAAUUUGGUAGUGGAGUUUUAUCAUGUGGUGUAUCACCAAUUAAUCAAAAGCAUUUUGUUGCUGGAUUAACAUCAGGAUUAAUUUCUAUAAGAACUAAAAAAACUGAACCUAAAGUUAAACAAGGAAUUAAAAAUGAUGUAUCUGGUGGUUAUGCUAGAAUGAUGAAAGGUAGAGAUUAUACUGGUGAAGAAGAAGAUCAUAUAAUUGAAAGUUCAAAAAUAAUAACUAAUAAAACUAAUAAAAGUGUUAAUGAAUUAAUGCUGAGUUAUAAGAAAUAUCUUGGUGCUAGUGGUUCAAUUGAUGAUAUUAAACCAAAUGAUUUGAAACAAGAAAUUAGUCAAUGCUUAAAAGCUAAAGAAAUUUGUGGUAUGUUAGAACUUUUAGGUGUAUAA